GGCUCGCACACACACUGUUCUCCUGAUCUAGAGGUGGGGGACGGGGGACGCAAGCAUCUCUGUGGUCAGCUCGGGUGUAUGUGUGGUGUGUGCACCUCCAGCCAUGUCCCUGGGCUCAUUUGAGUGUGAGUGUGCCUGUGUUCAUUCAUGACAGCGGCUGUGGCCGUGUGGGCAGUGCUGUGUGUGCGGACGUGUGCAUGUAUCAUCCUGUGUUUGUCCGUGAGUGCGUAUGUCAAUGUGUUCCAGUCUCUCUGUGUGAGUGUCGUCCCCCAUCCCCCCCCCCCCCCCCCCCUGGAUCUCUAAUUAGUGGUUUGGGGUUUGUUCCUUUUCCCUCCUGUUCCUUCCCUCAGCGGCGCGGCAGCCUCAGCAGCAGUAGGAGCGGCGGCAGCAGAAGCGGCGGCAGCAGCAGCAGCCAGGACUCUGGAGUCAGAGUAGGAUUGUAGGAUCGCAGCCCGAGUGGGAGCAGGAGUGGAGCUGGCCUGGGAGAGGAGCGGAGCCCUCCUGGGGCCCUCAGGCCACCCCUUGCCUGCACUCCCACUGCCAGACCUCCAAGGAGGAGAAACCCAGGACACCCAGCCCCAGAGCCCCCAGCUCCUUGGGACCCGUUCCCCAGCCUCAGGAUGGCGUCCUCCCUGCGUGAGGAGGAAGCUCACUAUGGCUCCAGUCCCCUGGCCAUGCUGACGGCGGCGUGCAGCAAAUUUGGUGGCACCAGCCCUCUGCGGGACUCAACGACACUGGGCAAAGCAGGCGCAAAGAAGCCAUACUCUGUGGGCAGUGACCUUUCAGCCCCCAAAACCAUGGGGGAUGCCUACCCAGCCCCCUUUUCAAGCACCAAUGGGCUCCUCUCACCUGCAGGCAGUCCUCCGGCACCCACCUCGGGCUAUGCCAAUGACUACCCUCCCUUUUCCCACUCAUUCCCUGGGCCCACGGGCACCCAGGACCCUGGGCUGCUAGUUCCCAAGGGCCACAGCUCUUCUGACUGCCUGCCCAGUGUCUACACCUCUCUGGACAUGGCACACCCCUACGGCUCCUGGUACAAGGCAGGCAUCCACGCAGGCAUCUCACCGGGCCCAGGCAACGCUCCUACUCCUUGGUGGGACAUGCAUCCUGGGGGCAAUUGGCUAGGUGGUGGGCAGGGUCAGGGUGAUGGGCUGCAAGGGACACUGCCCACAGGCCCUGCUCAGCCUCCACUGAACCCCCAGCUGCCCACCUACCCAUCCGAUUUUGCCCCCCUUAAUCCAGCUCCCUACCCAGCUCCCCACCUCCUGCAACCAGGGCCCCAGCACGUCUUGCCCCAAGAUGUCUAUAAACCCAAGGCAGUGAGCAACAGCGGGCAGCUGGAGGGGAGCAGUGGGGCCAAACCCCCUCGGGGCGCAGGCACAGGGGGCAGUGGCGGAUACGGAGGCAGCGGAACGGGGCGCUCCUCCUGCGACUGCCCCAACUGCCAGGAGCUAGAGCGCCUGGGGGCAGCGGCAGCUGGGCUGCGGAAGAAGCCCAUCCACAGCUGCCACAUCCCCGGUUGUGGCAAGGUGUACGGCAAGGCCUCACACCUGAAGGCCCACUUGCGCUGGCACACGGGCGAGAGGCCCUUCGUCUGCAACUGGCUCUUCUGCGGCAAGAGGUUCACCCGUUCGGACGAGCUGGAGCGCCACGUGCGCACCCACACCCGGGAGAAGAAGUUCACCUGCCUGCUCUGCUCCAAGCGCUUUACCCGAAGCGACCACCUGAGCAAGCACCAGCGUACCCACGGCGAGCCCGGCCCAGGGCCCCCUCCCAGCGGCCCCAAGGAACUGGGGGAGGGCCGCAGUGCGGGGGAAGAGGAGGCCAGUCAGACGCCCCGACCUUCGGCUUCGCCGGCCCCCCCAGAGAAAGCCCCUGAAGGCAGCCCAGAGCAGAGCAACCUGCUGGAGAUCUGAGCUGGGUGGAGGGUGUCCAGCCCCAGGGCUGCCUCGCCAGCCUCUUCUGGCUUCCUGGACCACUGCUUGCCCCUCACCCUCUUUUGCCCCUUGCAUGCUGCCCUUGGGGCUCUUGCCGGCUCCCCCCCUGGCUAUUCUGGGCCUGGGGGUCUCCCAGCAUGCCUCCUCAGCUCACCCCUCCCUAUGACUCGAGCCUGUAGUGCAAACUCUCAUCUCGGGCCCUCACCUCGUGCCUGAUUUCUGCACUCUGGCUUCCUAAAUUCUUCCCUCGCUCUGCUCACGGCUUCCCUCUCCUCUGCUCUCACAGCAUCAUCUCAUUUUCCUUCCAUCUGGGCUCUCGACGCUUUAUUUCUCCAUCUCACUAACUCCUUAACAAACAUCCUUUGUCAAGAUCAGCUUCCCAGGCUGAUUUCCCACUAUCCCUUAGCUUCCAGGCUCCAGUCUUCCCAAUUUCUUAUUCCACUAGCUUGCCAUGCUCCAGAGUGUUCUUUUUUGUUUGUUUGUUUUUUGUUUUUUUGGGUUUUUGUUUUUUUUUUUUUA